AUGAAUGGCGAUUCCGCUUCUUCCGUGAACCAGCGGGCCAUGUCCCGCAAUGACGCCGCUCGACAAGGCGCCACCUUGGCCUUCCGGCACUCCAGAGAUCCAUCACCCGUGAAGAACAAACCAUCAGCCGCACUCGCUGCGGCUCUCGCAAGCAAAGUGGAUAAUCAUGAGUUGGUACACCAGCCGGCUGGAUCCGACACUGGUCCCGAAGUGGGCUCCGUAAAGGACAAGAUCGGGAGAUUGACGGCACGACCGCUUUCCCCUCCGAUGAGCGCGCGAGGUCGACCUUCAGCCUCAUCUCUCGCGCCAGGUCCUGAGCGAAUUGCAGCCCGACUCGCCGCGUCAAGGUCCCCUGCGCGUGACCCCAGCGCGCCGCUGCCAGUAACUCCAAUUUCAGCUGCCAGGCUGGGCGCGUUGCGGAGCGCAAGCAGGAUGCGAACAUCCAACCCCGAGCCAGAGAAGCAGGAGCUGCGAUCACCAACUCCUCUUCGUCCAAUGCCUCGGAGACGCAGCUCUUUGGAUCGCAUGAUACAGGACGAAUUGGAAUCCGAUGAUGUGCCAAGCUACGAGCGCCCUCCAUCUCAACAAUCCAGGAUAACGAUAGAUGGUCCUGAUACUCGCAUCGCAAGUUCUCUGCCAUCUUUCGAGCCGCGGCAUUCUUCCGUGCCACCCAAAGAAGCCAAACCCAGACUUCCACCACGACUACCUCCAUCACGAGGGUCUGUCAGAAGUCAUGGAGCUCCCCCAAACCCCCUGCGACCCUCAACCCCGGGUGCAAUCUCAACACCGGGAUUAUCCUACAAGUCUAGCACAUCAAGCUUAAGAAAUGAAUCCAGCGGAAUGAGCGAGGAAGCACUAUCUAACGCCAUUGUCGCAUCCUCCCUCGCAUCAUCACGCGCAUCGCCAGCAAUCAAGGUUCCCCCACCGCUGCCUCCCCAGCGACGGAGGGCACGGUCCAUUCUACAUCUGGCACACUCGCCCAAAAGUGAUCUAUCCAGGACCCCGAGUCCCCCGAAGGGCAUGCCACAGACACUCCGCGGCAUGCCGAAAGCCACGGAAGCCGAUCAUCGCAAACACAGAAACCUCCUUCACAAGCAUCCCCACAAGCACCACGAAGGAGAUCGUAAGCGCUGGCGACGCGAAGUGACGGAGAAGGAACGCAAACGGUAUGAAGGUGUUUGGGCCUCGAACAAAGGGCUCCUCAUCCCCAGCAUAGAGGAUCGGGUCCCCGGCCCGUGUGGAGACGGCAGCUGGCCCCCGAAUUCCUCGGAUAUGGUAGUUAACCUCGUUGUCCGCGAGAUCUGGUCCCGCAGUCGGCUCCCGGACGUGAUUCUGGAGCAAGUGUGGGAUCUUGUGGAUCAUCAAAAUAUGGGAUUACUAGUUCGAGAAGAAUUCGUGGUUGGAAUGUGGUUGAUCGAUCAGCAGUUGAAGGGACACAAACUGCCCGUGAAGGUGCCCGACAGUGUCUGGGAUAGUGUACGACAUGUAGCGGGCAUCAAGCUCCCCCUUGGAAAGGGCAAGGCCCAUGCCUGA